AUGCCUUUGAUAUUGCAAAAACGUCUAGCAAAGGAAGUUUUAAAAUGUGGAGCACAUAGAGUAUGGUUAGACCCAACUGAAAUGGACACAAUUUCAACAGCAAAUUCUCGUCAGAGCAUCCGCAAAUUAUAUAAGGAUGGUUUGAUCUUGAAAAAAGCAGUUGCUACUCAUUCAAGAGCUAGAAUUAGCAGAGUCCAUGAAGCCAAGAGAAAGGGUCGUUCUAUGGGUCUCGGUAAAAGAAGAGGUACAAAGGAUGCCAGAAGGCCAGAAAAGGUUCUAUGGAUGCGUCGUCAAAGAGUAUUGAGACGUCUUUUACGUAAAUAUCGUGAAUCUGGCAAGAUCAACAAGACUAUGUACAAACAAUUCUACAUGAAAUCAAAGGGUAAUCAAUACAAAAAUAAGAGAGUCUUGAUUGAAGCCAUUCACAUUGCAAAGGCAGAGCAUCUUAAAGAGAAGGCAUUACAAGAUCAGCUUGAUGCUCGUAAAGCUAGAGCAGCUAAUUUGAAACAAAAGCGUAAGGUUCUUCAAUAA